UUUCAGCUUUAGUUGUAUUUUCAAUUUACUGUUAGCAAAAAAAAAAAGUAAAAAUAUCGGUGUCCCCAACAGCCUAGUAUCGAAAGUGCGGCGACAUAUCGCGGCGAAUCGAUGUUCACAAGUGUCGGCAACGCUUAACAGCACCGAUUAGUCAAAUAGAAUUCGGUGGUCAUGUUAAUAGUAAGGCGCCGCACGUUAACAGAGGAGCACUCCACGCGUUUAACAUAGCUGACUCGCCAUUUAGAAUAAAGAGAAGAAAACUAAAACCUAUCGUAAAUCGACUGUGCCGUGGUGCUGAAGUAUAUUGUGAAAUUUAAUUUCCAUAACAUUCGGACCAUUGAGAAAACUCCUCCGGCAGUCCAUCGCAAAUUCCACGUACAGUAUACAGAGAGGCGCGUAUGCAACAGGUAACCAAAGCGAUCGCACAGCGUGACAUUUGCAGCAACAGCUGACGCAGACGAUAAAAGAAGCCAGCCGCAAGAAUAGCCGCAUCGAAAGAGACGCAGUUAGUUUAGUGAAUUUAAUUAACUCCAAGUAUUUCGCAAAACAAACAAAAGAAAAUAUGUCUGUGGACGAAAAUACGCCCGUGCUGCGCGGUUGCAUCAAAUUGCCGCUGAAUAAAGAGGAACUGAUAGAGGUGACAGCCAAGGCCAAGGACUAUGCGAUCAUGCAUGGCGCCGCAAUGCGGUCCAAAACCAGCUUCAGUCCGGACUCCCUAAAUUUUGCGCCCUUUGUGUUGGUGCCGUCGUCCUUUCCGCGCAAGGAAUUCGAGAAGGCAAUUGUACUGCAGCCGAUAAUUAAUCGAUUAAUGCACAAUGUUGCGCACGAUGAAGAAUUUAUCACGACGACGUUAGCGGAGACAAUCAAAGUGGAUGAGUUCACGGCAAAUUUGUUUAAUAUCUAUCGCAAGGUGCUAGCCCUUGGCUUUACCCAGCGCAUUUCAUUGGGCAUGCUGCGCAGCGAUCUGAUGCUGGAGUCCCGCUGCCCGGAGCUGUCGCCUCUGUUGGACACGAGCGCAAGCGUCGGUGCUGGCGCUGGCGAUGAUGCGGAGGACGGGCAGGAGCACGAGGAGCGAAAAGCGGACUCAAAGGCGAACACGAAGGCGGAAAAGGGAAAGCCGACAGCGGGCAUUCAACGCAGCGUUAGCUCCUCAUCGGCCUAUUGCUGCUGGAAACAAGUCGAGAUCAAUACGAUAGCAUCGGGUUUUGGCCAUUUGGGACCAGCAAGUAAAACCAUACAAAGCUUUGUCCUGCGAGAACUGGGGCAUGCCGAGAAACUGCAGCGAAUGCCCAAGAACGAAGCAUUGGCUGGUCUAUGCGAUGGCAUGGUCAAGGCCUGGAAUAUCUAUGCCAAGCCCGAGUCAGUCAUUCUGUUCAUCAUUGAGGAUAUUUCGUACAACAUUUGCGAUCAGCGUUUCCAUGAGUUCUACAUCCGUGAAACCUAUCCGCACAUCAAAGUGCUACGUCGCACCCUCACCGAGGUGCAUAACGAGGGCAAGCUAGGCCAGAGCAAGGAGCUAUUGCUCAGCGGCAACACUGAGGUGGCCGUCAUCUAUUUCCGUGCCGGCUAUGAGCCGGGGCACUAUCCCACGCAGGGUGAGUGGGAUGCUAGAUAUUUGAUGGAGACAUCGCUGGCUAUUAAAUGUCCAUCGAUACAAUAUCAUUUGGCUGGCACUAAGAAGGUGCAGCAGGCAUUGGCUCAGCCAGCGGUGUUGGAGCGCUUCAUCAACGAUCCGGAAGAGAUGAAGGCUGUAGGUAAAAUCUUUACCGGUCUCUAUUCCAUGGAUGACAACGAGGUGGGCAAUGCCAACUAUGAGAUGGCAAUGCGUACGCCAGAGAAAUUUGUGCUAAAGCCACAGCGCGAAGGUGGCGGCAACAAUGUUUAUGGCUUGGACAUUCCCGAUGCUCUAAAGCGCAUGUCGCGAGUGGAGCGUUCCGCAUGGAUAUUGAUGGAUUUGAUACAUCCGCCCCUGUCGCAGGGCUAUAUGAUACGACCUGGCAGCGAUGUGCCGCCCCAGAUUGUGGACAUGGUCUCUGAGCUGGGCAUCUUUGGCGUCGUCAUUGGCGAUGCCGAUCACAUUAUCCACAACUAUCAGGCGGGGCAUAUGCUGCGCACAAAGCUAUCCACUGCCAAUGAGGGUGGCGUGGCCGCCGGCCUGGGCGCCCUCGAUAGUCCUUACUUGAUAGACUCCGAUGAUGAGGAUGGCUACUACUAGACUAUGCCCGAUUUGCCUAUUUGCUCCAAGUACUUAACAAUUGUAUAAAAGAUAUAUUCCUCCUUCCCCCACUCCCACCCCACCCCCACUAUUUUUGUAAUGCGCGUAGAGUUGUAAUUGGUGCAAUAAAUUCCACUGUAAAUACGUAA